AUGGCAUCUGCCCUUCAAGCCCUAAAGCGCAAGAAGAGGUACGAGAAGCAGCUUGCACAAAUAGAUGGCACAUUAUCAACGAUUGAAUUUCAGAGGGAAGCCCUUGAAAAUGCUAACACUAACACCGAGGUCCUUAAGAAUAUGGGUUUUGCUGCAAAAGCUAUGAAAGCUGCUCACGACAACAUGGAUAUUGAUAAAGUAGAUGAAUUAAUGCAGGACAUUGCAGAACAGCAAGAACUGGCAGAUGAGAUUUCAACAGCCAUCUCAAAACCCGUAGGAUUUGGGGAAGAAUUUGAUGAGGAUGAACUCAUGGCAGAACUAGAGGAACUAGAGCAAGAAGAAUUAGACAAAAACUUGCUGGAAAUCAGUGGUCCUGAGACUGUGCCACUACCAAAUGUGCCCUCAAUAUCGAUACCAUCAAAGCCAGCAGGCAAGAAGAAAGAAGAGGAAGAGGAUGAUGACAUGAAAGAGCUGGAAUCUUGGGCACAAACUAUGUAAUGACAUGAGUAACUGGCUGAAAAAAAGACUUUGGUUGCCUAUUCUGGGUGCAAAUGUGUUGUGUUGAGAAGAAAGUAAAAGCAAAAUUUCUUUAUCUUUAAUUUUUACCCAAAGCAGUGGGAGUUGCAUUGCUGUUUCUGCAUAGCAUGGGCUGCACAAGGAAAGAAAGGGGAGCAGGGGGAAUUGUCUGCAGUUUAAGCGGUUGAAUUUCUGUAAAAAGAUAUUUGCAAAAAUGAACAUUCAGAUUUUGGACUAUGUUAAUGCCACUGUUGGAUCUUUUUCUUUUAAAAUUUAGGCCAUAUUGAAUGGAAAAAAGCUGAAAACAGUAUGUAAUUUUAAGUCAGGUGAAUUGUGUCUAGAAGUCUCGUAAGGCAUUUUAAAAAAGAAAAAGAAAAAAAAAAAAGGAAAAGUCACAAGCCACCACCGGCUUCUUAUUGUGUUUAGGUGCUUUAGAUUUUUAGUUCUUUGCAAUUUAUAUUUAUAUACCUUGACUGAUGUGUGGCCAGCUUUGUGUUUGUCACUGCAGCAACGUAGUCACUAUUCCCAUUUUAACUGGUGAUAAUGAUUUGCAAUGGACAAAUGCUGUUUUGGAACCAGGGAAGAAUGAAAAUUCAGCUGUACAUUUUUCUACAUAGUAUUACAAUGUUUAUUGCUUUUUGUGAUAAUUGAUAACUCACUCAGAUACAUGCACACAAUUAUUUUAAUUAAGAAACUACUAUGGAUUGCACUGUAUUAAAUAUCUUGAUUAAUUU